CUGAGCCGUUGCCGUGGCAACAGAGCAUGACCUAGGCUGCACAGCGCCUGCUUGGCGGGGUGGGAGGGAGGCUUGGUCCUGGGUUGGCCUCCAUCAAUGCUUGCCCCAAGGGAGACCAUUCACCCCCCACCCGGCUCUAGGUCCUUGGCAUGGCUACACAACCCUCAAGGGCAACUAUUGGGGUGUCAGUCCAGAGCUCCAGGCUGUCUAGGCUGUCCAGGUUCUCCUCCAGGUUUGUCGGGGAAGAGAAGCGCGUCGGGACCCGGACCGUGAUCGUCGGCCACCACCCGGCUUCUGAGACCGAGGCGUACGUUCCACAGCAAUUCAGCGACAACAGAAUCAUCUCCUCCAAGUAUACGGUUUGGAACUUUCUCCCAAAGAAUCUCUUUGAACAGUUCCGGAGAAUUGCAAACUUCUACUUUCUUAUCAUCUUCCUUGUACAGGUCAUUGUAGACACACCAACGAGCCCCGUUACCAGUGGACUUCCCCUCUUCUUUGUCAUCACCGUUACAGCUUUUAAACAGGGUUACGAAGAUUGGCUGCGGCACAGGGCCGACAAUGAAGUCAACAAAAGCACCGUGUUUGUGAUUGAAGGCAAAAAGGCGGUGAAGAAAGCCUGCGAAGGAAUCCAGGUCGGUGACAUCGUAGAAGUCUCAGCAGAGGACACCUUUCCCUGUGACCUGGUCUUCCUAGCAUCAAGUAACAAAGAGGGGAACUGUCACGUCACUACGGCUAGUCUGGAUGGAGAAUCGAAUUGCAAGACUCACUACACUGUGCAGGAUACCGCCGAACUCCGCACCUGCGAAGCCAUCAGCUGCCUUAUUGCCACCAUCGAAUGUGAACAGCCACAGCCGGACCUCUAUAAGUUUGUUGGCAGAAUCAACAUCUACAAGGGCAAUCAGGAGCCCAUAGCCAGGGCCCUGGGACCCGAGAACCUCUUGCUGAAGGGAGCGAAGUUAAAAAAUACCAAGAAGGUCUAUGGAGUUGCCGUCUAUACUGGAAUGGAAACCAAAAUGGCUUUGAACUACCAAGGGAAAUCUCAGAAGCGCUCUGCUGUUGAAAAAUCGAUCAAUGCUUUCUUGAUUGUCUAUUUAUGCAUUCUCGUGAGCAAGGCUGUGAUUUGUACCACCUUGAAGUACAUCUGGCAAAACAUCCCGUACAACGAUGAGCCCUGGUACAACCAGAAGACCCAGAAGGAGAGAGAAACCUUCAAGCUCUUAAAAAUGUUCACCGACUUUCUGUCCUUCAUGGUCUUGUUCAACUUCAUCAUUCCCGUCUCCAUGUACGUGACAGUAGAGAUGCAGAAAUUUUUGGGCUCCUUCUUCAUUUCGUGGGACAGAGAGAUGUACGAUGAGUCGAUCCAAGAAGGGGCCUUGGUGAACACCUCCGACCUCAACGAAGAGCUCGGUCAGGUUGAAUAUGUGUUCUCAGACAAAACCGGGACGUUGACUGAAAACACCAUGGAGUUCAUCGAGUGCAACAUAGAUGGCUAUAACUACGGGGGCGCUUUUUCAGAGGUUGACGGGAUGAAACAUCAAAGAGCGAAGCCGAAACGUGAGGAACUAUUUCUGCGGGCCUUGUGUCUCUGCCACACCGUCCAGGUCCCGCAAAGAGACAAAACCGACGGCCAGAUGUGGAUUCCCAGCAGCCAGUCUGACUACGUCGCCUCGUCUCCCGAUGAAGUUGCUUUGCUGCAAGGUGCCAACCGGUAUGGUUUCACUUUUCUAGGACAAGAACAAAACUUCAUGCUGGUACUGAACCGACACAACGAAAUUGAAAGGUUCGAGCUGCUUCAUGUCUUGGAUUUUGAUUGUGUCCGCCGCCGGAUGAGUGUCCUUGUGAGGACAGAUGAGGGAAGGAUAUUCCUCUUCUGCAAGGGAGCCGACUCAGCUGUGUUCUCAAGAGUCCCAGAGUCCGAGGUGCAGAGAACCAAAGUGCAUGUGGAGAAGAACGCGUUGGACGGGUAUCGGACUCUUUGCGUCGCCUUCAAAGAAAUCCCCGAAAGCGAGUACAGCGGCAUCGACUACCUGAUCAAAGAAGCUUCGAUGGCCCUGCAGGACAGAGAAGCCAAGAUGGGCAUGGUUUUUGACCAAAUUGAGACCAACAUGCAUCUGAUCGGAGCCACUGCUGUGGAAGACAGGCUCCAGGACCGUGCUGCGGAAACCAUCGAGGCCCUGCACACGGCAGGCAUGAAGAUCUGGGUGCUGACCGGGGACAAGCUGGAGACGGCCCAGGCCACGUGCUACGCCUGCCGGCUCUUCCAGACCAGCACCGAGUUGCUGCAGCUGACCAUGAAGACGGUGGGCGAGGGAGAGGACAAAGAGUAUCGCCUGCAGGAGCUGCUGGUGGAGUACCACAAAAAGCUCCACCUGAACGGGGUCUCCAAAAGCAUGAAAAGGAAAUGGAUGCUAAGCCAAGAAUAUGGAUUGGUUAUCGAUGGCGCGACUCUGUCUCUGAUACUGAAUCCAUCCCGAGACUCCAAUUCUAGUAAAUACAAAAGCAUCUUCCUCCAGCUCUGCCUGAAGUGCACGGCGGUCCUGUGCUGUCGGAUGGCUCCUCUGCAGAAAGCACAGAUUGUUCGAAUGGUUAAAAGUUCAAAGGGUGACCCAAUAACGCUUGCCGUAGGAGAUGGGGCCAACGACGUUAGCAUGAUCUUGGAAGCUCACGUGGGCAUAGGUAUAAAAGGCAAAGAGGGUCGCCAGGCAUCAAGAAAUAGCGACUAUGCCAUCCCAAAGUUUAAAGACUUGAAAAAACUGCUGUUGGCACAUGGGCAUUUGUACUAUGUGAGAAUCGCGCACCUUGUACAGUAUUUCUUCUACAAGAACCUUUGCUUCAUUUUCCCACAAUUUUUGUACCAGUUCUUCUGCGGUUUUUCGCAACAGCCUCUCUACGAUGCUGCUUACCUUACCAUGUUCAACAUCUGCUUCACUUCGCUGCCAAUUGUGGCCUACGGUCUCCUGGAGCAACACGUCCACAUCGACACCCUGAUGACCUUCCCCAAAUUUUAUUUGAAUGUUUCUGACAACGCCAUGUUGCAGUGGAAGCCUUUUCUAUACUGGACUUUCCUGGGCCUUUUCGACGGAUUUGUCUUUUUCUUUGGGGCUUAUUUUCUUUUCCAAGAUAAUUCGAUAGACACCAGCGGAAAGAUGUCGGGCAACUGGAGUUUUGGCACAAUGGUUUUUACUGUCCUGGUGUUCACCGUCACCAUAAAGCUGGCAUUAGACACCCGGUACUGGACGUGGUUCAACCACUUCGUCAUUUGGGGUUCUUUGAUCUUCUAUAUAAUCUUCUCCUUCUUCUGGGGAGGAUUCAUCUGGCCUAUGAACCAGCAAAGAAUGUUUCACGUCUUUGCCCACCUGCUGGCGUGUGUGACUGUCUGGCUGGCCAUCUUCUUCCUCAUCUUCCUUUCCCUUUUCCCAGAAGUCCUUAUCAUAGUUUUUAGAAACACAAAAAGGAGAAGCCACCAGAUGGAGCCGAUGCUGGUAUCCUACAAACGGGAGAAUGGCUAUACCUCUCAAGUGAAGGCAGGGGGUGCUGUGGCUCCUUUUGCCGCCGGAUGCCAACUCAGGAUUCUUCAAAUGCAACGAUUAUAUAACCCCAGCACACAGGUGUGAAGAAACUGCUACCUUUGAGGCCAAAAUAUUCAAAGAAUAUUGGAAGCAAUCAUGUCAACAGCAAAGGAAGCCAAGAUCUUUGUUCUGGCCUUUUUGUUUUGUUGAGGACUCUCUUGCGUUCAGAUCUUUUUUUUUUUUUAAGACGGCGACGUCUAUAUUUUUUUUCCGCCUUAAUGCAAGUUUGAAGCAAUAAACUUGCUGUUCUGGUGGGAAACAUCACAGAAGAUCUUCAGACUCUGAAAGGAAGACGUGUUGCCGGUUCUGCCAUGAUUCAUAUUCAUCCAAGAAAGGUGAAGUGCUGCUAAUGGGUUUAUUAUUAUUUUUUAAAAAAUUUUGCCGACCAAAGACAUAGCACAAUUUUUGUGUGUGCUGCGGCUGCGGCCCGCCCUCCUGUGGACAGUACUCGGAAGACUCUUAUACCAUUCCAUGGCUUGGCCAUACACUAGAGGCACGUCCCUUCUACUGCUGCAUCUUUUCUGUGGUUCCCCCCCCCCCGCCCUUACUCAAACCAGAAUUGUGUAUUGCUGCUUCAAAGCAUGAUGUGGACUUUUUCCAUUUUUUAAAAAAAGAUGUUUUUCUCUUUAAUCCCCCUCGCCAUCGAUUUAUCAGGAGUGCUUGAAAACCAUGGGGGUGUGUUCCCCUGUGGCACCCCUUAGGCUGACAGAGUAGACUCGUGGGACGCUCUUUUCGUUAAGCAUGGGAGAGAAGGAGAAAAUGCUGAACAGCAAACAAGUUGCCCCAAAUCCUCGUGCUUUGCUGUGUUGUCCUUUUUUGGUGGGCUGCUUUUCUCUCUCUCUCUCUCUCUCCUGAAAAGCCUGUCGGGUGGCCCAAAGGAAAACCUCUCUUUAAAAAAAAAAUAAUAAUAAAAAUGUAUGGCCAACCGUCUUCUGACUGGCCACGUCAAAAUCAAAGUAUUAACACAGCCUUGUCAGACCAGCCGGCCGGAACUUGAACCCCUGAAUAUCGCACCCUUGGCAGGGUGGGGUGCAGUUAUCCGAUGCCAGAUCUGUCGGCUGAAUCGUGCACGGGGGUGGUUGAGUCAACAUCCCUAGUCAGCGAGUGAAGCCGGGUAUGUGCUCCUUCGCUAUGCUCGCCCUGCUGUCUCUCGCCUCCAAAAUGCCUGCACAGUUCCCUUUUUUUAGUGUGUGGAAGAGAGAGGAAGAAGCACUGCCAAAGUGUGCAUGAUCUCGGCCCUCCAGCAUGUGGUCCCUCCAAAAGCAGAUCCACGCAUAUGUCUAAGGUGUCGCUGGGACAUCUUUUACUCGGUCACCAGCGAAUAGUAUUUGCAUGUGGAAGGAGUGCAUGUUUUCAAGUGUCUAUCUAGCUGGUGCGCACACCUUGCCAUGCUUGGAGAAGCCUUAAGAACACACCCGCCGGCGUCGCUGACUUUCCUACACGUUGGGUAGCAUGGAGGAAGCCUUGGAUGAAGCACCUUUGGACCAUUUGUAUGCUCUCGCUGGAAGAGCGUAGUGACUCCCGGAAGGGUAGACCCAAUCCCUAGUCAUGGCACACAGCUUGGGUGCGUUGUGCAUUGUUUUUUUCCCUUCCCUUCGGAUUUGCCUGUUAAGGUCACUCGAGCCAAGCCAGGGGAUAUUCAGGGAUGGGCCAUGCCAUGUGGGCAUGCACAAAGAGUCAACAGGCAUUUGUAGCUGUGAGGAGGUUCUGGGCCUGUUCUUAUGCCCUGUGUCGUUGUAGUUAAUGGGUUAAUGACGCUUGACAGGCUGCCACGGAACAUGAUGUGAGAACCCGCGCAAUCCCAGUUAUCAAAGUCCUGCCUCCGUGUUUAACUUGAGAUUAAACUACAAUCGGCAGUGACGAUCUGUUCAUAGUUGAAUCCUGGUUAUGAUCACUGGUAUCUCACGGGUUCUGGCUCAGCGUCUGUAGUUAACCCAUUUCACUCCGAUCACAUGGGCCAUAAGAACAGGUGGGGGUUUAAUGGAUGGACCCAUUUCGCUGGCUUUGGGCAGAAGCUGCUUCCUUCAGCCUGCCUACAAACAAGAUGGCGCUGGUACAUCACAACUGUAUUUCCAUUGUGCCUACUGCUGUACAAAGUUUGUCUCAGAGACUCAAGUUGGGACAGAUGGCUACCAUCCACCUGGGUCUCCAAGUAAAACCAGGUAAAAAGAGAUGUGGGGUGUGACCUCGACGUAUUCGGCUCGUCUCUAUCCCAGGUUAUCAGCUGCUGCUAAUGUUCCCUCUAACGGGGAUUCCCAGAUGUUGUUGACUACAGCUCCCAGCAUUCGCAGCUGCAAUGGCCUUUGGCUGGGGAUUCUGGGAGUUGUAGUCCACAACAUCUGGGAAUCGCCGUUAGAGGGGGCAUUGGCUGCUGCUUGCAGUGGGAAGGGCCAGGCUGAAUGGCAUGGUGUCAGACUAUGUAGUUUCUUCACCAGACCCAGGGGGUGUGAUAACACCAAGGAAGCAUCCCUGCAAUGCUAGUUCGGUCCUGAAAGGUCCCCUGACUCCCAGCCUGUGUGCCAAAUCAUGAGCGUAGGAUUAGUCAUACACACAGUUCCAUCUUGUGGGGGGUGGGGGUGGGGUUUUUUUUUGUACAAGAUUUUCCCAACACAGGUGUUGAAAUGUUCCGCUCUUGCUGUCCCCACACACAAACCCUCUGUCUGAAGCCAUUUCCUACAAGUCCAUUCUGCGUUUGCUGGUGCUUUAGUCGGGGAUUGUGCUUUGUUUGUUUGAUCGGGGGCGGGGGGUGGCCUUUUUUGGGUGGAGUUAUUCCUCAGCCCUUCAAAUGGAAUUGGCAGCAGACUUGAGCUGUGGCUCCUAGACGAAAUCUGCACAAAUGUGACUUAAAUCUUAUGGUUGGCGAACCUUGUCAAAGGUUUGCAGGCUGGGGAGAAGCAAUUUUGAGCCCAGGUAGGAUGUUGGGCCCCGUGCUGUUUUGACCGGACUGUUUUGACUUUGCAUCAGUCCAGGGGUUUUUGUUGUAUCUCAGAGGUUCUCAAGCGGGUCCCUCCAGAUGUUCUCUGACUACAACUCCCGUCAUCCCCUGCCACAGUGGCAUUUUGGCAGUGGAUGUUGGGAAUUGUAGUCAGACAACAUCCGGGGCGAUCUGUUGUUUCUGUAGACUGGACAAUCCUUUCAACAAAUGUUUCCUGCCUUUUGCCCUGUAUCCUCGAAUCAUGAGUGUGCUUCUGCCCAACGCUAUGCAGAAGGAUUAUAUGGUCAGUUUCCUGGAAGAAAUAGAAUGUUAAGUUGAACUUUGCAUAUGUGCCACGCCAGUCCAAAGAGACGCUGCUCCUGUCAAUAUUGUAAACCCUGACUAAUAGCAAUGGCACUUUUGAAAAACGACAUUUGUAAAUAGGAAGCGGCAGAGGAGGGUGUACAUUAUAUACAGAUUUUAAGACACAUUUUUCAGCUUCUUGCAAAAAAAACAAAAAACAAAAAAUGAAACAAAAAUGAUGGGACUGCAAUCUUAAUUUUUAUCACUUCAACUGCAAUUUUAUACAUUUACGUUGCUUUAUAUAAUGACAAUGGAAUGUGAAUGUUAACUUUUAUGAAUGCAAAUUGCCCUUUUUUCAUUACAAAAAAUAAUUCUUUGUUUUCAAAUAUUCAAUAAACUUUGGUAUGUUCUGAUUAA